UGGGCUUUUUCGGUGAACGAGUGUCGGCCAUUGGGUUCGCUGCUCCUCUUAAAAAAAAAAAAACACUUUUCCGGAAAAGCGCUUUCUCCAAGUGAAAGUGCAGCAGUAACCUGUAAUUAUCGCCAUCGUCCUCUCGACCACCCUCUACCAUUCUUAGAAUCGACUACAGUUUCUUGUUUUUGCCUCAACACCCAAUGCAUGGAACUGGGUUUGCAUCAUAUUCUAUCUGCAAACACUUCGUUAUUGAGAAUUCUUUUAUGUACACACACCUGUUCAUUGAUUUUAUACAAUAAGAACUUGUGCUUUUCUUGUGUGUUUCUUUUAUUAUUAUUAUUGUAAUGAUGCAAGUUUCUUGCAAAUGCCUUUAUGGAAAUUGGAAGGAAGCUGUUCUAUAAUAAAAUGCUUAGCCAGCAUUGCAGUUUUUGCUGAAGUUUUCUAUACAUGAUUUAUUUGCUUUUUCCUCUGUUUUGGUGAAACUUGUAGAUUGUGUUGUCGUUUUUGUCAUUUGGGUUCAAUGUUUUUUCGUUCUUUAUUUGAUAGAUAAUCUCAUUUUACGAUUUGAAUUUCUAUCAAAUAUCUAGCUACCAAUAGUAAUAGAUAGAUCUGUGGUUGGUAAUUAAAUUUAUUUCUUCUAUAUAGUAAUGUUUGUUUCAUUUAUUAUUAUUAUUAUUAUUAUUAUUAUUGCCAUUCUCUGGUUCACUUAUGUUUAUUUAAUUUUGGCUCUCUUUUUUUUUAAUGUUACUUUCUGUGUAAAGUAUUCGCAUUUGCUUGCUUGCAGGAUGGUAGAUUCAAGAAUGGGCCUAUGGUUGAAUCUUCUAGUUUUUGUUUUGUUGUUGAUGAAGAUAGAAGGCUUUUAUGUGGGAAUUACUUAUUUGAACAAUGCAGUCGAAAAAGGAGCUGUUUGUUUGGAUGGAAGCCCUCCAGCAUACCAUUUAGAUAAGGGGUUUGGUACAGGCAUUAAUAGUUGGUUGGUUCACUUUGAGGGAGGAGGAUGGUGCAACAAUGUAACAACUUGCCUUGCCCGCAAAAAGACUCGUUUAGGUUCAUCUAAGCAAAUGGUCACACAACUUCCUUUCUCUGGGAUUAUGCACAACAGGCGGAAAUUUAAUCCAGAUUUCUACAAUUGGAAUAGAGUUAAGAUCAGAUACUGUGAUGGGGCUUCUUUUACUGGUGAUGUGCAAGAAGUCAAUCCUGCUACUAACCUUCACUUCAGAGGAGCAAGGAUUUUUCUUGCUGUCAUUGAGGAUCUAUUAGCUAAAGGAAUGAAAAAUGCUGAAAAUGCUCUUCUCUCUGGUUGUUCAGCUGGUGGACUGGCUUCCAUUUUGCAUUGUGAUAGCUUCCGAGCUCUCCUACCUAUGGGAACUAAAGUAAAAUGCCUUUCAGAUGCUGGUUAUUUUAUCAAUGUGAAGGAUGUUUCUGGAGCACCACACAUACAAACCUUCUUCAGUCAAGUGGUUUCAUUGCAUGGAUCAGCAAAAAAUUUACCUCUUUCCUGUACUUCAAGAUUAAACCCUGCAUUGUGUUUCUUCCCACAAUAUGUGGUGCAGCAAAUACGAACACCCCUUUUUGUUCUAAAUGCAGCAUAUGAUUCAUGGCAGAUUAAGAAUAUUUUGGCACCAAGUGUUGCUGAUCCUAGUGGCACCUGGAAGGGCUGCAAGCAUGACAUAGAAAAAUGCUCCCCUAUUCAACUUAGAACAGUGCAAGAUUUUAGGUUGCAAUUCUUGAGUGCAUUGUAUAGAUCAGCCAACUCUUCUUCCCAAGGAUUGUAUAUAGACUCUUGCUAUACCCAUUGCCAAACUGAAAUGCAGGAGACAUGGUUCAUGGCUGACUCUCCAGAGCUUAGCAAAACGUAGGGACCACGAAAUGGGAUUUCAGCAACAGAAAGUUUGAGUUUGGUGAGAUGGUUUGUUUUUGGUUGAUAGCAAUGCAAAUGUUGUUGAAUGGGCAUGAAAUUCAAAUUCAAGUACUGAAAUCAGAAAGUAAAUUGUUAGAGGAUGAGAAGGAUGCAAUAUAGCUCCUGAGCUCGUUGGCCAGCAUCUUUAUAGAAUCACAUGCAUAGAACAUAUCCCCUCCUUUUCUUGAGGGUGCAGGUAUGCAUGAAUUAAACUGUCAUAGGAGAAUUCAAAAGUUGAUACCACAGAUUAAAGUACUGAAUACAUAGCUUUGCCUUACAAAUCAUCUGUAAAUAACUUGAAUUUUUUUAUUUUUUGUCUAAAUCAGCCAUAAUUUUUCCA